AUGCCUAAAAGUAAAGGCAGAAAGUCGCGCAGUCAGUCGCCUUCCACUGCUCCUAGUAGCGGAUUUGAUAUGUCUCUGAUUACUCAGUUAUUCCAGCAGCACAUGGACUCGGCGUUUUCUUCAUGUUCGGUCUGCAGGCAAAGUAUCCCCCAGGCCGACCGCCAUGAUAAGUGUAUUGUGUGCCUUGAGAAAACCGUCCACACCCCGGACACUUGCGAUAUCUGUAUGGGUUUCUCCCCCCGGGCCCAGAAGAGACGGGCGGCCGACUUCCUAUUCUAUAGGGAGAUGCAUGAGGCGGGAGGGGAAUUGACCCAGGUCCCCCCGUCCAAAGCAAAAAAGCCUAAAAAGAGAUCAGAUUCCCCUAUAUACGAGAGCCAGGAUGAAGAUAUUACAGCUCGAAAGGCAUCUGGGAGUCGUCAAAACUUGCAGAAACUGUUCCCCCCGACACUAUCUCAGGAUGAGGAGACUGACCAACAAGAACACAUUGUAUCCACUCCGUCAGAACAUUUAAGCAGCCUGCAGUUGUCCUGUGAACCUGUGAGAGUGGUGGAGACGGUGGAUGAAAGCCUAGACGUAUUGGCCCCUUCACCUGAAGCAUAUGGCGACAUCCCCAUCAUCAUACCAAGCUCUCCAACUGCUGGGGAGGUCGAACCAGAUGAGUGUGCCUACAACCCAGACGCUGACAAGACACUGGAAGCCGAUGACAGGCAUGCCAAGAGGUACUCGGUGGACUGUCGUGAAAGAUUGCCACCUCCGUCAAAUACUGAUGACCCAAUCACAGUAGAAGAUACAAAUCCUGACCAAGUAGUCUCAGUGGAGGACAAUGCUGCUGAAAAGGAAGAGGAUGAGGUGGUUUUGCUGGACACCAACAUAAGGACUCUGGCAGGGGAGGAGACGCAAGGGGAAUCACUGCACCUCGUAUACACAGUGUCACAGCCAGCAGACAGCAGGGGGCCGUCACAGCAUACACAGAGCAGGGGGCCCUCACAGUCAAAGGUGUCAGAAGCAGGCAGGAGCAGCGAGGAUCAAGGAGUGGUCUGUGCAGAAUGUUGUCCUGAUUCUCAAGACCUGGCUCUGCAUCUGUCGCAGUCACAAGGAGGCUCACACACACCUUCAGCCCAGAUGAACAGUCAGGCAAAGACUGCCUCCCCUCCCGAGAUGGCAGAUAAACGUGGAAGCAGAGCCAGCAGGUCUAAGUCGGCAUCUUCUGAUUCAAAUGGCUUUCAUCUGACAUUGCCUAGAGAUGGUGCUUUGAUUCAUCCCGUCCAAGUUCCUCAGAGUGACAAGGGUGAAGAUAAAUCAAGCUCACCUCAAACGGAUGGAGGAGUUGCUGUUACUGCUGCUGCACCGCCUGUGGCUUCACUGUCUAUAGCGACUCUGGCCUUACAGAGUCAGAGCACAGAGGAGACGACAUUCAGGAUACAGAAGCCCGACCUGCGGAUGUCAGAGGAAGGGGAGGAAGGGAGCGAGGUGAAUGUGUUCAAGAAGACCCGAUCUGGUGUGCGCAGGCGAGUGGAUCAACAACUCCACCUAUCAGAGGAGAGUGAGGAUUUCUUCAACAUAGAAAUGAGCGGGAAGAGGAAAUCAGCACCACCUGGUGAGACCAAGUCUCUGACAGCUGAGAAGAGACCUCGUACAGGGGAGAUAACUCAUAUUGAUGAAGACGCAGAGACCCAGCCUGAUCAGCCUGUCAGUGAGAAAAAGCCUGAUCAGCCUGUCAGUGAGAAAAAGCCUGAACAGGAAAAGGAUGAUGCUCCCGACCCGUUUAGUGAAAACACAGAGACUUAUGAAGUGCCUAAGAAUGUGGAUGUAGAAAUGGUGGAAGAUAAUGUGUCAAGCUCGCUACAGGAAGGAAGCUUAUUACAGCUGCAGGGAACUCCUCAGGGUGGUGUUCCAGCAUCCUUGAGGCAGGAGACUGAAGCUCAGGGGACACUUCUCCAGCAGGUGCAGACGAAAGGAGCUACACAAACUGAUGAAACAGUGAUGGUUCAACCAGGUGCAAGUAGUGGUCUUACAGCCUCUACGCAAUCUCAAAGCAAAACUUGUGCUGCUCCUAAUCCAAGACCCAACACCUCAAAAGAUGAUUUGUCUGCAAAAGAAGUGUCAUUUACAAAUUUGGAAAACACAAAGAGUUCCAGAUCCAAGGAUAACGAAAAGCAGAUGGCUGGGAAAACAGCACAGGUAGACUCGACUUCAGGCUCUACGGCCGACCUUAAGGGAGGUAAUCUCAGUGUGAGUGUUUUGAAGGACUCGGGUAUCGGUGAUCCUCUCAAUAUGACGUCUGUGAUGGAGACAUCACCUCAUGCUGCCCACAGUGUUACUCUGCGAGGAAAUCAUCUGAUCCUUACACCUUCCACGGAUCCCAGUCUCAGCAGCUGGCCACAGAACAGACCACCACCACCAGGGUCGAACCCUUUGCCAACAACUCCAUUAUCAUCAAGAAAAAAACCUGGAAGAGGGUUGAAAAGAGUCAGCGCUAAGAAGAUUGUGAAAGAUGACAGUACCUUGUCUUCAGACUUUAAGGCAUCUGCCAGCAAGUCAAAACCUAAGAAGUUGCGCAGACCUGUCACCAGGAUUCAAAAGUUGCCUGGCAGAAAAACUGCUCUUGUGGACAACCCAGAAGAUGCUCCAGGAGACACUGGUGAGCCACGAGCAGCAGUCACCAGUCCAGGCACAGGUUUUGAUGCUGAUGUGAGUCACUCCCUUCCCAGUCAGAGGUCAACAGAAAGACAUGUAGCAUUCCAGAACAUCCCUGGCAAGACACCAGUAGCAGCAGCAGCAACAGCAGCAGCCUCCUCUGCACCAGCUGCAUCUUCAGAUCUGUCUGACUCCCAGAUGUCCGACCAGCUGACGGAGACGGUGAUCAUCACAAGGAAGAGGAAGACUGUUGAGAUUGAGACAAUCAUUCGUAUAGUCACCAACAGAGAGGGCAAGGUGGUGGGGCGGGUCAAGAAAGAGGAGGAGUGCGGUGAGCCCUCCUUUACUACAACGUUCCACAGUGAGGAGACUAAUGUGUUACCCUUAGUAUCCCCAUCUCGGACUCCAGGUUCCCUCACUCCAGGUGACCUGGCAGAUGUCAGUUCCGGCUUUUCCAGAUCCAACAGCACAGGAUCUAAAGGCAGCAGUCUUGAGAAAGGGAUGACAAGUCUAGAUCUGGCGCCCCUAUCGAGGAGGGAAGACUCCUUGCAGAGACUGCUGACGUCUAGCUCCACCAGACUGUCAUUACCUCACAGCACCUUCUCCAGCAUCACCUCUCCUUCCAUCUCCAGGAACGAAGAUGCCCCUAAACUGACCGUUGCCAGAGAGUCCAACAGAACCCCUGUGUCGGACAUUGUGGAUGAAGGACGAGCAGUGAAGACUCCAGAUGCGUCUGUGAUUGAGAAAACAGACAGUCAUAUAGGUGCAGUUGUCAGCAGCGCCGGUAGUCGGCGUACGUCAGACUCUCUGUUCACGAGUCCUGAAGUCCACAGAGAAGAUGCUGGUGAAGCAGGUCAUCACGGAGAGCAGCGGAGGGAGGUCAGUAACCACCCAAGUUCACCACUGAAGAAACGGCCUGCUGAUUCCAGCCAAGAUUCAUCAACAGAGAUCACCUCAGCUCAGCGACCCCGGACACAGGAGAGUGGUGGGUUUUCUAUACAUGGGUCUGUUGGGCAGCGGAAGCAGGUACAGUCACCACUACAUUUGCUACAGACGACAGACUCAGAUAUUCCACCUUCACAGAACCAGCAAGUUAGAAGGUCUGCUAGGGGAGAGAAGAGUAAAACUACGGAAAACAGCGGUUCUGGAGACAGUCAUAUAAGUCCGCAGAUUCCCUUCCAGACAACCACAGAUGCUGAGCAAGAGCAGGCAGUGCCAGUUGAACAUGCCAGUAGUGCACAGAUUGGAUCCACAGUAAUGGCCAAGUGGAAGGAUGAUUACUUCUACCCAGGGAAGAUUUUGAAAACUGACACAACUGGAAGAUUUUACAUCCGCUUUGAUGACGGAGACCAGAUGUAUGUGAAGGCCAAAGACAUUCUGCUGGUGAAGGUGAUUCCGAUUGGUCAGAGCGUGAUGGUGAUGUCGUCAGACGGCUACUUCGAGUACGGGAUGGUGGUGGAGUAUGUGCAGCAGGGCGAUACAGUCAAGUAUAAAGUGUCACGGGAUGGAGGCGACAUUCAGCAGUGUUCGUGGAGUCAGAUAAUCCUGAGUGAGGGUCAGGCCAGCUGUCUGAUGAGUGAUGAGGAGAUGAGGGUGCCGGCUGCCCCAGGGACAACCACGGAUCCCAAACUGGGGGAUGUGUCACUAGAUAACCUGAUUGUGGGGGAGCGACGGAGGCGGAAGAGAGGUGCACAGGAAGAGGCACAGGGGGAGACACCAGUUCAGAAGAUGGAAAGUAAAGGCAGUCCGGCCCCAGAUGUGGCCAGAAGAUCCCUGAGGGGGAGAUCUGCCGGCAAAAGUGCCCAAAAGGAGCAGAAGGUGCCACCUCCAGAUCCUCCAGACCCUCCAAGUCAUGGCAAGGAGAAAGACCCUCCCUCUCGGGGAAAGAAGCGAAAGCAGCAGGAGGGACCUAUGGCCACCAGUACACCAACACCCAAAGCCAAGAAACCUGCAGACAGUGCAGGGCCAGUGACACCGACCACGUCAGGUAUGGUAGGAGCUGUAGACUCGCCGUCAGAGAGCAGGGGUCGAGCCCGCAGAGUCCGAGUUGGUCUCUUCGACAAAACCAAGAUGGGCGGUCAGGCGUGUUCUCCCUACCUGUUCCAGGGCAUGGUGUUCCUCCUCACUCACGUGGACAAGAGCGCAGAACAGAAACUGCAAGAGAAGAAACUCCUCCAAGACUCCAGCCUGGAAACUUCUACUGAAGAGAGUGGCACUGAUGAAGAAGCAAGCAUUGCUUUUGACAAGGAGAGUCUGAGAACAAACAUCGAGGCGGCUGGUGGCAUUGUCCUGGAGAAGUACAACCAUGCACAGGUUGAAGCAGCAUCCCAGGCCUACCUAGUGGCAAGCACGUUCCAGAGAACGGUCAAGUACUUUCAGUGUCUAGCAGCGGGCAUUCCUUGUGUGUCCCAUCAGUGGAUCAUACACUCCUGUACAGAGGGCAGGCUGCUGGAUCACAAGGCAUACAUCCUGCCCGCUGGCAUCAGUCUGGAGAGAAGGAAACUCAUGGAAUGGAACCCUGGCGGCAGCUGUCUUGGAGGUCUUCAGGUGAUGGUGGCAUCCACUAAUGUCAAGUUCCAGGAUACUUGGCGGUCAAUACUGACCAUCUCCAGGUGUCACCUGGUCAACAGAUUGCCCAUCAAGAACAAAACAGAAGAUUCGGUGAAUGUUAUUGUCACUGAUUCAGACUGCCCAUCGUCAGUACUCCACCAAGCCAAGCAGCUCAAAAUACCCCUGGUCUCCACGGAGUGGGUGAUUCAGUGCCUUAUAAACGGUCACUUGUUGGGCUACACGACACACCCCCAGUAUAAACAUGACUACCAGGAGGGCUGACCCACCUGGUGUCACACCGUCUCCAGGACGUGGUUGAAUGUGACAUCUCAGUGUUGAUAGAGAAUGGAUUGACCAUUCUGACCACAGACUGUUACCAUGCAGAACAUGCAAUCUGUAAAUGAUAAUAUCAUGGGAUAAUAAUAUAUUUUGAUACAGAGGAUGAAUGAUUGAUAGUAAUAUGAAAUAUUAAUGUUAGAUUAACAGGGUUGAAACAUAACUAGUUAUGCAUUUAAAUAAACUACUUUCAGAAAUGAAAGCAAUGAAUUGAAUGCGCAGUGCACGACACCAUGAAGUACCCUACUAAUGACCAAUACAAUACGUGGGUAUGUUUGGGUAUGGAUGUUGAUAUCCAAAGAUGACAGCCACAGAGUUUAAAGCCCAGCUGCGGAUUGUUGCCUGGAACUAACAUAUAUUCAUAGCAAUAGAAUAAAGCUAUGCACACUGCUGACUUGAUCUACACAUACUUCUGUAGCCAGUUCUGCUUCCAGUGUCUACUACUUUCACAUCCGUGUUUGUGAGCCCAUAUUGGAGCUGCAAAAAGGCCCUCAUCAAGCACAUCUCGUUCAUGCCAUAAGCUAAGAUAAACUGCAAUGCAGAAGGGGGGUUUGAGGGUUGGAAUGCAUGUUUCAUUUUCCAUGUUAUAUUCACAAAAUUUGAGAGAUGGAAGUUGUAUAGUACCCAGAUUCAUUUCAAAUUGAUCUCAUGAUUUUCGUUUUACUUUAUGGACAGGAGUCUACAUGUAAUGGUCAUUUGUGUUUAGUGAGUGAGCGAGUUUAGUUACAUGUCACUUAAUUAGCAAUAUUACGGCGAGGGACACCAGAAAUGGGCUUCACACAUUGUACCCAUGUGGGGAAUCGAACCUGGGUCUUUGGCAUGACGAGCGAACGCUUUAAUCACUAGGCUACCCCACCGGCCCUUUUUGUGUUUAGAGAACAACAAGCCAGGUACAACAGAUUAUGGAUUACAUCCCAGGUGUAUGAAUGGUGUAAACCCUGAACCUCAUUGUUAUCUUGUUUUUGAGGAUAUGAAGGAAAAUGUGUGACACAACAACCCCAGAGAAACUGUCCUGGUUCAGGUGACUUUAUGCCAUGACAUAGUGAUGUCAUGAACAACAAAGGACAUAUUCUAUCAGGACAUUUUGGAUCUUCCGUUCUGAUUCAUCCACCAGUUGUAUCAAAUCUAUGUCAGAUCAUGAUCUUGCUUAUGACUGCAUUAUUGCAAAGAAAAUAUUCAGAAUCACUUCUUUGACAAACUUAACUGUUUUUCAAUUUCAAACUGUAUUCUUACUUCUUUGAGUUUGCUGAGUAAAAAGUUGUGGUACAUACAUUA